AGGCUAGCUGUACGACUUUUUAUUCCUACGCGUAAAUUUAUUACAAGAAAUAAAAAUAGUAUGUCAAAUUAGUGGGAAACACAAAACUCUCCUCUCACCUCGACUCCAUUUCACUGUCUAUCUUCUCAACAUUCUGAAUCUAAAAACACCCUAAAAAAGUCAAAGAAAACUGGGUCAAAAUAGAAGAACCUUCUAGUGUAACAGAAAAGCAACAUUUAUGCGCAUUGCUUUUACCAAUCUCCCUUAGCUUUGCUUCAUCUCCUUCCCGUUCUUGCCGGCAGGGUUCGUUCGUGAAUAAGGUGCAAAAUGAAAGGGAAGAAGGAGGAAGCAAACCCAUUAAAGAAGGAAGAUUUUUCCAUCUGUGGCCCUGCUCAUCUCACUUCUGUUGAUUGGAGAUCACUAGAGCAUAAGGGAGCCGUUGCAGCUAGUUUAAUUCAAGGGGUGUUCGUAUUAGAAAGAGAUCGCCAAGAAAAACGAACAUUGAAUGAUGCAUUAGCACCAAUUUGGUGGGAUUUUUUCCAUUUCCAUUGCUUUCAAACUCUUGUAGAUCCUAUUGAUUCAUCUAUAUUUGGGAUCAUUUAUCAAUACAAAUAUCAUAUCUCUAACCAAUUUUGUCCCAUGUCACCCCAAGUUGUACCUCCUAAGUAUGUUAUUGCAUUUCGAGGCACGAUCACAAGGCAUGAAACCGGAAAAAGGGAUUUGCAUUUGGAUCUCAAACUUGCCUUUAACGGGUUGACCCGAGACUUACGGUAUCAAAUGGCAUUGCAAGCAAUAGAGAGCAUAAUAGCCAACGAAGGGCCGGGUAAUGUUUGGCUAACAGGACAUUCUUUAGGUGCAGCUAUAGCAUUACAAGCGGGAAAAGAUUUGGCUAAAAGAGGAUGUUACAUAGAAACUUAUCUUUUUAACCCUCCUUACAUCUGCGUCCCGAUUGAGAAAAUCAAUGACCCGAAUUUGAAACUUGGGGCCCGUAUUGCUCGUAGUGUUCUAAAUGUUGGCCUUUCCCUUGCUAUAAAUGGUACCAAAAAGAAUACUAAAAUUGAUCAACAUGACCCAUUUUCUACUCUUUGUUGUUGGACUCCAUACUUAUUUUUGAACCCAAAAGACCCGAUUUGCUGUGAGUAUAUCGGGUAUUUCGAGCAUCGAGAGAAGAUGGAAGGAUGGGGUGUUGGUGGGGUCGAAAGAAUUGCAACGAAAACAUCGGUAUUGAGUUUAGUAUCAGCUGCAUUAGGAAGAGAUGGUGAAGCAGUUCAUCUGAUUCCUUCAGCUUUUAUUACAAAGAAUGUGAUUGUUAAGGAACAAGAUUUCAUGGCAGCUCAUGGGCUUCUUCAAUGGUGGGAACCUCAUCCAUAUUGGCAUUCUAAGCUUUAUCAAUUGAAUAUACAUUGAUACAGGAAACAUUAAACAGAUGGAUGAAUUUAAGUUGUGUAAAACCCAGGAAAUCACAGUUUUGUGUUUGAGUCCUAUUGAACUGUUUAUGUGCUAUGUAACUCAAGUGUAAUUGUGUAUAAGGAAUUGAUUGUUAAUACUCCCUCUAUUCACCCUAAUAGUUCCAUUUGACUUUUGACAUUGUUUACCAAUCACUAUUAAUUUGUAUUUUAUGCUUAGUCUAUAAAUUAUAACAUAGUCAAGUGUGAUAUGGUUUGAUUCGUUUUAAUGCAAAGAUCAUUAAUAUCAAAUUUUUAGA